UUUUUUUUGUUCAUUCCUCUUUCUCUUUUCCUCAUCACUUUUUCUUUUUCCACCUCCUCACGCCCUCUCCUUCCUAUUGUCCAUACCCACAACACUUAAGCAACAUGAAGCCCCAAAUCGGCCAAUCCAAGCUAUCUAUCCUAAAGCAUGCCCCUACCGUCCACCGCAAACGCCGUCCUAUCGAACUCCGCCAGAAGCACAGCACCCUCACCCGCUCAGCAGAAACACCUUCCUCUUCCUCUGCAGGGCAUGCCGAUACUCCUGGGAUCCUCCGCCGCACCGGUCCUGGCCAUCCGCCGUCCUUACUCCGUCGACAAACGACCCGCCAAAGGUCCUUUAUGGACCUUGACCUGCCCUCGCUUCGUGCGCUGCGUCGUGAGCCCUCGAUGAUGGAACUAGAUCCUCCCUCGACCCUGUUCGCCCCCACACCAAGCCCAUCUCAUUUCACGCCAGGACCCUGGGCAUUUUUCCAAGCAGCCGAGGCUCAGCGCGAACAGCGGCGUGCCCAGAUGGAGUUCUUGACGAGACUGCAGGAAUUGAGAGUGAGGGAUGAGCAGACAUUUGUGCAGUUGAUGGCUGGAUUCGCGAGAGAGUGUCCGGUGCAGUUUGGACAGCUGACAGGCUUUAUGAAGCGGAUGGAGAUAGAGAUGGAAAUGUCUCAACAACAACCGCAGCAGCAUUCGUUCUUCCAACCGCACCAGCAGCAGCACCAACAACAGAGGCAACAGGUCAAUGAUGUGUGGGCAAGGAUGGUGAACAGUCGCGAGUAUAAUGGUACAAAGGUGGGUCUAUUGGCCUUGGCCCAGGCAUAUGGAGGGCAGAUCCAGAGUCACUCGGGUCAUCCUCAUGAGCAUUUUCAGCAGCAACAACAGCACCAAAAUGCUGGCCGUGGUGGCCGUGGUGGCGGUCGGGGUGGCCGUGGUCGUGGCAACAACCACGGCGGCAGAGGAACAGGCCGCGAUAGCGGUGCUGGUGCCAUGAAUGGCCAACAAGCACGUCUACCCAAUGUACCCUCCUUGAGGCGAGGCAAGACCUUCCAGCAGCAGCAGCAAGCCCUCCAACAGCUCACCGCGUAUCAAAGACAUCUCUACCAGCAAGUGCAGCAGCUGCAUCAACAGAAGCAAGGAUGGCAAGGGUCCGGUUUGAACUCCAAUGUGACGAUCCCAAUGGCCCAUGAGUUGAUGCAGUAUGCAGCCAUGCUUGCAGGAGACGGAAAUACAAAUGCGAUCCCCCCGCUGUUGACAAGUAUGCCUUCACCAACGUCCUCAAUUGCCUCGAGUCCGGCGUCCCCGAUUUCACCACUGGGGCUCGGUAGUCUGAUGGCCCAGCGGCAGCAGCAGCAGCAACAGCAGCAGGUGUAUCUUCAGCAGCAACAGCAACAAGAUCCUUUACAGCUAGCAGCGAUGAAUAUGCAGCUGAACAUGGGAUCUUCGCGGCGGUCCCGCUACAAGCCUCCACCAGUUCGAACACAUUAAUUCUUUUUGUUGCCAGACAGAAACACAUGCUAUA